AUGGAGGAGGAGGAACUACCCUUACCAGGCUCCAGGGGAGCGUACAAUAUUGACUUUGAUAACCUAGAUGAUAUUAACCCGUUCCAGUCCAAUGUCAAGAUGGGGUCCUCCCCACCAAGGACAGACAAAUCCAACCCAGCAGACAAUAUCCAUGACCCUUUCCAAUCCAGAAGUAAAUUAAGAUCAUCUCCGCCUCUCAGUGACUGCAAUGAAAAUCAGAUCAAAUCAGAAAAUGAGGAUCCAGUGAAUGAGAACUCGGAAUUGGUUGAUACUGAGAUAAAGAAUCAGUCAUGCCAGGGAAUGAAGAAUCCGAGGUCACCGGAGGGGUCAGAGGUCAACGCAGAUCCUAUGGAAAUGUCCGAUUCUAGUCCACAAAAUGAAAGUCCUAAAAAGGCCCCUAGCACAAAGAAAUCUACAAUUCCUAAGAAGGGAAUCAAGAAACCCAAAAAAUUCAAACCACCUGCAAACUUUGGAUUUCAGGGAGGUGGAGAAAUUGAAAUAUUUGCCCCACCCCCAAAGAGCAGUACCACGACUGAAGGCAAGGAAGUGGCAGAGGUUCCAGUCAAUGAGAAUGACUUACCAGGGUCAGGUGAUGUGGAAGUGACCAAUCAGAUGGCCCAGAGCUUGGAAAUGGUUCAUGAGUUUGGAGCAGGGGAGAUGCCUGAAGAAGAUAAUGAGGGAUUUGCUACAGCUCAAGCUGGUAUUGAUGAACAGUCAGCCUGGGAAAUGUUGGAUAAAUAUGGAACAGAAGGAAAGUGUGAGGAUGGAGAAGUGAGCACAUAUGACAAGGAAUUUACGCCGGAUGAGCACAUAGACAAGACAGACAUUUUUGCCUCAGAAUCAGGAGAGGGUCCUACAGACUUGAUAAACAGCUCUCCGAGUUUGUUGAUGACCACACCUAAGGCUUCUUCGCGUGUUCCCAAGCACCCAGCUGCCCGAGUUCUUGAAGAAAACCUCGAGGAUCAUGGGGGUGUAAAACGGGAGGGCAGCAAGCGCAACAGUGAUGAAACAGACGAGGGGCAAUACUACGAUGCUUACGAUUACCCGCCCAAGCAGAAUGGUAAAGCUAUGACAGAGGAGAAAUCUCCAGUAGAUAACAACAUCGUACAACUAGUCCAGGAGCAGACCAGCAAUAACAAGGUGCUAAAAUAUUCGCAGUCUGAUGUGAACAAGAUUAAGCAGGAGCUGGAACUAGACUUCCAAGCGAGACUCCUAAACAAAGAAAGGGAAUGGAGUCAGAAACUUGGAGCCCGCGACAAAGUAAUCACGGAACUCCAAGAGCAGAAUAAGCUCUACAAGUCUACCAACGAGGAUAUGAGGGCAGUUGUUGCUGAGUUUGAGAAGACCAUAGCACAGCUACAAACUGAAAAAGAGAAAUCUCACAGUGAAUCGCAGCAGACGUUCGAUGAGGUCAUCAAAGAGCGAGAUCAGGCCCUAGAGGAUCUCCAAGGUGUUGAAGCCUCAUUUUCAGAUUUACACCGACGUUACGAGAAGACGAAAGGUGUGGUGGAAGGGUUUAAAAAGAACGAGGAAGUACUAAAGAAGUGUAUUCAGGACUACCAGGGGAAAUUAAAGGUGGCCGAAGACAAACUCCAAGAAUUUGUGCAGCAAGCGGAGAACAAAAUAGAAGAUGCUACUAGUGAAAUGGAGCGCACUCGCAAAACAGCGGCAUCGGACAUUGCCCGCCUGGAGGCUGCAGUGAAAAAGGCAGAUCUUCAAGUCCAUAGUUUACAAAGAUCUCUAGAUCAAAAGGUCAGAGAAAAUGAAGAGCUGACUUCAAUAUGUGAUGAAUUGAUAGCGAAAGUUGGGAGCUGAAAGGACCUUCCCUAUACUACUAAGUCAUGUGACAGACUCUUGCACCUCACAUAUAACAUUUAUCAUCUUUAUGACACUUGCUACAAACAAACUUUUUUUCAAGAUUAAUAAAAAUGAAAACUAAAUUUACGGUUUUAUAAGUACAUGUAAAAUGAAUACAUUUUAUUGUAUGGAAUGUGAUUUAUUUCCAUGAUUUCUCAUUUCAGUCCAAACAUUGGGGAAAAAAGAGUUAUUAAGGGAAUAGUAUUGUAUUUCAAAUUUUGAACAUAGUAGAAAAUUGUUCCUUAUUUUUUAAGGAAUUUUAUUUUAUAAUUGUACUUUUUUUUUUCUUUUUUUGUUGUUGUUGUUUUGUUUGUAUCAAGUGUCCUUAAGGAACCUGAUACCAAGUUUCAUGAAAAUCGAUUUAGAAUUUUACGAGAAUGAAUGUUGAUGCCAAGUUAAAUGCUGUAAACUGUAUAUCUGCUUUUGUGUGAAGGAAUUCACGUAUACUGCCAACAUGUUUCAUGUUUAUGUUUUAAUGAAAUAGCAGUCCAUGUCAGAAUCACGCAGUUGCUGAUUUAGUGAUGAACGUUUUCAAAGCUCAAUUAUCAAAAAUGUAAAUGUGGAUAUAGUGACAUGUAGGCCCUUGUCGUAGUGAGAUUAACAUUCUACAAAAUUGCGCUGUUUUAAGUAUGUAUAAAGGGCAGAUAACUGUAUUUUCUAAUUGUCUGUAGUAAACACUAGAAAUUCUCUGUUAUCUUUUUGUGCAGGCAGUAUAUGGAUAAAUUAUUUUGAUUUUCAAUAUGUACUCCCAUAGCACUAUAUGGUGUCAAAAAUAUUCAUUUGAAAGCUGUUUUAGAACAUUUCACACUCAUUUCCAAUGUCAGCAUGGUUCUUGGGUGGUCUGCUACAUAAUGUUUAAAGUCAUUUUAUGUAAUAUUAUAUAUAUAUAUAUAUAUAUAUGACUUAUCAAUUGAAUAUUUAUCAUGGAAAUUUAAGUAUAUCCACCUCUUAGUAAUUUGUUCAAUUUUAUUUUACUUCUGCUCUGCUUUUGAAGUUAAUGAAGGCUUAUUGCGUGUAGAGAGUUCAUUUUACUAAAUAUACUCACUUUUUGCCAAUUUUCCCAAUCUGAUUCAGGUAAAUGCAUGAAACUGAGAAACAUCAAGAAAACUGGGUAUAGAAUGUGAUAUUGAAGAAAAUUUUUGUUCUUGUUUUGAUAUGACACUAUAUAUAGAAUCUGUUGAAAUAUUUUUCUAUAUGUUGUUACAAUUUGUUAUAUUUACGGUGCAAAUUUUCAUUUGCUGUGGAAAUGAUAUUUCUUUGAUACGCCUAUUGGAUGCAUUGUUACACCUGUAAUUAUUUCUGCUGUUAACUUUUUAAUUAAUUUUUCGGAAAACGAGGGUCAGGGCUAUCUUUUGUGGUUGUUGGUAUUUUAGUACACUGUAAAAAGUCAAAGGAAAUUAUGUGAUUGAUAUAAAACUGUUAACUUUUUCGCAAGUACCCAAGUUGCAAAAUGAGAUUUAAAAAUAUGGAAAGAAGUCAACUCUGGUUAAAAUCGUUAGGCUUGCUACCCAUCUAAUCAAGAAUCUCUGAAAUGUACGAGUGAAUUUUGGCCAAUGUAUGUGGGACUGUAGUACCGUUAUUGAUCUGUCUGAUUUUAGAAUAAAGAUAAAUUUAUAGUAAUAGCACUGCAGUCCCAGACUAUGUAAAGGGAGGUAAUUCUGCAAUAUUUACGCUUCUGCAGUCUCUGAUUGCAUAAGGGGAGGUAACUCUGCAAAAGUUACAGUUCUGCAGUCCCUGACUAUGUAAGGGGAGAUAAUUCUGUAAUAGUUAUGGCUGUGCAGUCCCUAACUGUAUACAGAGAGAUUAUUCUGUAUUAGUUACGGCUCUGCAGCCCUACGUAAGAGGAGAUAAUUCUGUAAUAGUUACGGUUCUGUAGUCCCUAUAUGAGGGGAGGUAAUUCUGCAAUAGUUAUGGUUCUGCAGUCCCUGGCUAUGUAGGGGGAGAUAAUUCUGCAAUAGUUACGGUCCUGUAGUCCCUGACUUGGUUUAACCAUUACACUGUCUCACAGUCUCCUCAACAUCAAUCAUAUGUUGUUAUAUCAACAUAAAGUACAGUCAAGUUUGUUUCACUCGUACAUGUAUACUUGUUGAUAAGAAGAAAGGGAUUAUCCUUUUGGAAAAGUAUUGGUAAAAGAACAAAUGAUGUAAUUUGCUUCCACAUUGAAGAAAUCGCUUUCUAAGAGAGCAAAAUUAAUGUUCCCCACCACAGUAUUGUGUAAUUUGUUAUGAAUCAAUCUUAAUUUGUAUAACAAUUAAGAAUUAAAACAAAGUCAUUUGUGAUGAGUAUGAGAUGUUAAUUAGCCAGAAAGCUAUAAAAAGUUUUAAACUUAAUUUAAAUAGAAAAUAUUUCAAAGGCUUACUCUAAUUUGCUUCAGCAGAUAAUGGGGGAAACUCUAGGAGCAUGAACUUUAGCCGUGUAGAGACAAAUCAGUUUAGACACCGAGAUCGUUUUAUCAUUGUAUCUGGUCAUUUUGUUGCUAUUACACUUGUGCAUGUUAUUUAUAUUGACUAUGAUUUUUAAUGAACACUAAAGAGGAAGAUGUGAAA